AUGAUGAUUUUGGGACGUAUAUUAGCAACCCAGAUGAUCCUCAUGUGGAGCAUGGCAAUGACUUAUAUACAAGAUGUCAAGAAAGCUUACUAUGAGUUAAUUGCGGGGAACGACUGGUUGGACGAAAUCACUAAAACUAAAAGUUUACUUAAAUUGGAUGCUAUGAAAGAGUAUGUUGGCUAUCCUGACUGGGUGCUCAACAAUGAUGAGCUGGAUAAAUAUUACCAUUUGAAACAAACGGUGAGUCCAAUGAAAUCAUUCGAAGCGUUGUUGGCCCGGCUCACCCGAUACAGCAAACGCGUAUCACGAUCGUCAAUUGAAUGUAAUAUACCAAUGGCGUACAGAUAUGGUUUCCAGAAACCAACUAGUGAUUUGGACAUGAGUUUACCCAUGGAUUUGAUUACAAAGCUUAACGGCGAAAACACUUUGGGAGAGAAUAUUGCGGACAACGGAGGCCUCCGGGAGUCGUACCGUGCGUUUCAGACACACGUCCAGACAUACGGUCAACCGUCACGACUACCACACGUCCCACAAUAUACACCUCAACAGCUAUUUUUCAUCUCAUACACGUCCGUACAUAAAAUGUAACCUGGUUAAAGAAGAUAUACUACGAAGUCAAAUAUACAGUUCAAAACAUACUCAGA